AUGCCUGAGAACGAAUGCACUUCCGAUAGAGCUCAAUAUCGACGACCGCGUCGGAAAGCCAAGCAGAUCCUAGACGACUCCAAGCUUGAUCCUGCAAAUGAGAUUCUGGAUUCGGCCCCGGAGGAAUGGUCUAUAUCGACGUCGAUUCCCCAAUAUCAUUCCAUCAGUCCCAGCGUCAGCCAUGGCGACAGACCAGGUCGACACGACUUCGUCCUCGGUUUCGAGGAAUUAGGGCCCCAAGAGGCGUUAAGCAUAAUCGUCCAAGAUUAUGUCCACCUCUUGUUUCCUUUGAUUCCUGUCGUCCAUCUUCCAUCCUUUCAGACAGACGUGGUCAAUAACCGCGCCGAUUCCGACACAGUUUUUCGUUCUCUGUUGCUCGGCAUUUGUACCCUCGUCGUCUGUCAACUCCCGCGCCGAUUCCUCGACUACAAGAACGAGCAAUGGUUCUCGACCUUUAGCUCUCCUUACGACUUUGCCCUUCAUUCAGAGAAGUUUAUCAACAGCUACAGGCUGCCAGACUACUUCGAGUCGGCUUCAGUGGAGAAAUGUGCUAUUGCAUAUCUUCUCGCCAUGUCAUUCUACCAUGUCGGUCUGUCAGGCCGCGCCACGCUUUACUGGGGAGAGGUUUCCCUUUUCCUCAGCUUCCUAGGCGCAGAUGAGCCAAGGUCUUACAGUGCAGUCAACCUGAUCGAGGCGCAGCUGAGGAAGAAAUUGUUUUGGCUGUACGUUAUUGGAAAAGUACACCAGCGACUGGACAGGCCUGAUGAAGGGGUAGAAAACUCGAAUUGGGCGCCGCUCCCUGAUCAUAUGCUGUUUAAUUCUGAUGAUUUGGCAGCCUUGAUGCCUCUCGAGGUGGACGACGAAUACCUCUUCAGCGACCACAUCGUUCCCCAGCCUCCAGACCACGUGUCUUUGGUGGCCGGAUUUAAUUGUGCGGUCAAGGUUUUCCUGGGAUUUGUGGACUUGCCCCUCGAGGAGCUCGGGUCACCUAGCCGAAGUAGAGGCGUGAUCGAUACACUUCGUAAGAUGUAUCAGAGGACAAUUCAUUUGCUUGAUGAUGUUCCACCACAAUUGUCUGGUUGGCGGACCGGCUACGUCCACGGCGCGGAAUCUCCAAAUGGACACGAUCCGUCGAACAACUUGAGACAUAGACAACUGGAAAGCCUACGGGCCAACAUUCACGUCACAUCACUGUGGGCAAGGAGUCGGAUAUUUGAACGCUUACAUGGCCUGACCUCUACUUCGACCACAGAUGACAGCGAGUUCUACCGGAUUCAGCACAACCUGUGGAGUGAACGUCAGUACAGCUGUGAGAGACUAUUGCAUGUCCUGUAUAACAUAAGACAACAGAACUUGGAGCCGAAUGGCAGAAGCUUGCUGUUCAAGAUUCGCCAGGUUGCUGCGCCACUCUUGAAUUGCGCCUUCGAAGACCACACCACCAUCUCCCCUCGAGCCAGGAUCUACAUCGAAAGAUUUGUGGAGCUGUUGGCGCAGCUGGACAAGUACUCGUUCCAUGACACGCAGAUCGUGGUGUGGCGCAACUUGGAGAGCCAGAGAAGACACCCCGUGCAGGAGUUGGUAGGCGACCGCGCUUAA